AUGGAGACUCUGGAAGGAGGCGAGCUCUGCUUUCCACAACUCCUCAAUUCCUCCUGCAGGAAGCCAAUGCGUCCUCGCUCCGAGGCCGUGCUCCUCCACAUUCUGCUGUCCUCCAUCUCUCUGCUGACAGUGGCUCUCAACCUCCUUGUCAUCAUCUCCAUCUCCCACUUCAGGCAGCUCCACACACCCACCAACCUCCUCCUCCUUUCCCUGGCUGUGUCUGACCUUGCAGUGGGAGUCGUGAAGAUACCAGGUGAGGGAUCUCGCUUCAUAGGGGCCUGCUGGUUCCUGGGUGACCCGAUGUGCGCUUUGUAUCAUUUUAUUGGCUUUGUUAUUGUUGCUGCCUCAGUGGGAAACAUGGUGCUGAUAUCGAUCGACCGCUACGUGGCUAUUUGUGAUCCUCUGCAUUACCCCACCAAAAUCACUUUGAGAAAAAUCCAAAUCUCUGUGUGUCUAUGCUGGCUGUGCUCUGUUUUCUGUAAUGGUUUAAUACUAAGAGAUCACCUUAAACAACCAGACAAGUAUAAAUCCUGUGAUGGAGAAUGUGUACUGGUCGUUGACUACAUCGAGGGAGCUGUUGACCUUGUUUUGAACUUUGUUGGUCCCAUAACUGUCAUCAUAGUUCUGUAUAUGAGAGUGUUUGUGGUGGCUGUGUCUCAGGCACGUGCCAUGAGGUUCCACAUUGUAUCUGUUCCAUCCCAGGGUACAGUGACUGUAACUGCUAAGAAAUCUGAGAUGAAAGCAGCCAGGACUCUUGGUGUUGUCAUAGUUGUGUUUCUGAUGUGUUUCUUCCCCUUUUACUUUGCAUUGUUUUUAGCCCGGGACACUUUGAUCAAUGUGUCCUCUUGGAGCAUUUUGUCUUGCCUAUUGUUUUUCAACUCUUGUCUGAACCCUGUCAUCUAUGCCUUUCUCUACCCUUGGUUCAGAAAAGCUGUUAAAAUCAUAGGGACACUUCAAAUACUGCAGCCUGGCUCCUGUGCUGCCAACGUGCUGUAG